AUGGCACCCCCGACCGAGGAGCAGCUUAUGCUCCAGUCUGUCCUCGAAUAUGAAGUUGCGGAAAAGAAUCCCCUUCGCCCCGGCGAGAACCGAUCUGAUAGCUACUUGCAGACACUGAGCGAGCAAUACCGCCGUUUAUCCAUCAUGCAGACAGAGAAUUUCCACAGGUUCCUCAAACUUUACAAAGCUAACCAGGUGGUGGUCUUUGCCUCUGAUACAGGCUCUGAUGACUCGACACAGCUCACGAAGCGAAUCAUGUACCUCGAACUCAACAAAGGCCUGAAGGUUGUCUGCACUCAGCCUGAUCAGGGUGCAGCCAAAGAACUCGGUCAGCGCGUCUCAGCAGAGCUUGACGUUACGUUCGGUGAACAGGUUGGUGUUCAGUACCGCAAAUACAACAAGACCAGCGACCGGACUCGAUUGAAGUUCGUGACAGAGGGCAUGCUCCUCCAGCAAAUCGGGGACAAUCCUACCUUGGCCGGCUAUUCAUGCGUCAUCAUCGAUUUCCACGAGCGAACAAAAAACACCGAUCUUCUCCUUCCGCGACUCAGGAACACCCUCGCUCUCCGUUCCGACCUCAAAGUCGUCAUCAUGUCAGCAACCGAAUCCGAAACGCUCGCCAGUUACUUCAGCGUUCCCAAAGUCCUCAACAUCGAAAAAGAUGUAUUCUCGGUUAUGAUCCAGUACAUUAACGAAGCUAACCCUGACUAUUGCGAGAUGGCUUUGGAUUCAGUGCGCCACAUCCAUAAAAACAAAGCCCCAGGUGAUAUACUUGUCUUCUUGGCAUCUAACCCCCAAGUUAAUCGUGCGGUCGCGAAGCUGCGUGGCGCUUACCCAGAUAUGGAGACUUUCCCAUUGCAUAGGAGACUGUCUCAGGCAGAAAAAGCCAAAGCCCUUCGCUCUGGUGAGAAGCGCAGGUGUGUUAUUACUACCAACAUCGCCGAGAGUAGUAUCACUGUCGAUGACAUUGUCUAUGUCGUUGACAGUGGUGUCGAGAUGCAGUCGGUCUAUAACUCUCGCGUGAGAAUGCACACCAUCCAAGCUGCGCCAAUCUCCAAAGAAUCCGCUGACCAGAGAGCUAAAUGCGCCGGACGAACUCAACCAGGAAUCUGUUACCGCCUGUACACGAUGGCGACAUAUGAUAAUAUCUUACCCGAUGUCUCACCUCCCAGCAUGCUGAAAGACUGUUUCACAACGGCCAUUUUUGCUUUAAAGAGUGCAGGGAUUAAAUCUGUCGGUACUUUCGACUUCCUCGAUCCUCGGCGUGAGGAAGUCUAUCUCCGUGGGCUCGGGGACCUCAGAGCCAUGAAUCUUAUCGAUGAAAACGGAACCAUCACUCCAGCUGGCACAGCCGCCUUCACGCUUCCCAUCGAUCUCGUCUGGCACAACGCAUUCGAGGAGGCCAUCGAGCUUGGCUGCCUAUCUGAACUCAUCGACAUCGCUGCUCUCGUGAGCGUAAAGAACCCCAUCUGCAUCAUACCACCUGAGUCACUACAUGCAGCCGACGUGUUACACGAACAAUUCAUGGACCCCUUGUCGGAUCAUUUGUCAGAGCUCAACGCUCUGUACGCCUACUUACACAGGAAGCGCAAUAUGUCAACAGAAGAGUUGGCAAUCUGGUGUCACGAAACAUUCCUGAACUCGACGUCACUAGAAGAGGCCUUGGAGCUGCGACAGAAGUUGAUCCAAUGGUGCAAAGAAAAGCUUGGCGUCUCUGAAAUCUCAUUUUUAACCCCGCAUGACAAAGACUACCACGUCAAGAUCCGCAACGCCAUCGCCAAAGGGUUCGUUCACCACGCUGGGAUCAAAGAUGUUACUUGCCAUCAACGUCAGUACCUCACGCUGGAGAACACUCCCGUCUUUCUUUUUCCCCGCAGCGCUCUUGGGACAGAUUGGCAGUGGGUUGUGUAUCACAGGAUUGAGACUUUUGACUACCAGUACAUGGAUCGAUGUACUGUUGUGGAACAGGAUUGGCUUUUGGAAAACGAUUAUUUCUAUCCCAUCAACCUGCCCAAAGAUGACAAUGGGGAGGUUCGAGUAGAGAUACUCCGAAUUCUCUUCGACAGGAUAGAUCGACCAUACCAACCAUGA